AUUCUGACAGAUUUUCAUUGUAAAUUUAAAUUGCUCAGUUUGCAGUUUUUCUUGUCCUACAUACAUCACCCUGUAUAUAUAUAUGUAUAUCCAACACUUUUUUCAAACCUCAGUAUUUGUGUAUACAUGUAUACAUAUCCGGUAACAGUCUCUCAUACAAUGCUAGAGGAAGUCUGUAAUGCUCAAACACUUCAUCUGGCCACGACACCACUAGACACUACUAGCCUGGUCGACAUUUAAGCUUUAUUUAAUGAAUACAAAAGACACAGAUUUCUGUUUGGAUAUAGAGCCUAACUUCCAUUGCAGGUAAAGGAGUGUAGGAUAGUAUCGGAAGUGUGUGGGAUACCCUGUACGCACAGAUAGAGAUUAAACUACCAGGGUCCGAGAUUUGGUACUUCACAGUGUUUAGUUCGUAGAAUGUGACAGACAUCUAUAGAUGUAAUUGUUCAGUAAAAGCUGAGUGACAGACGGGACAGACAGGCCUAACAUAGCAGUCCUACAAACGGUCUGGUGACCCAGACACAAGACAAUAUGCCUUUGCUCGAUGAUGAAGAUGAUAAUAAGGUGGCGGAGCCAGGAGCUGGUUUUGACUCCCGAGGGAUGGGUCUCAAGAUUCAGAAAAAACUCCUCGGGAAAAUGUCAAGCAAAUCGAUCGCAAAACACUUCAUUGAUGAUACCACGGGUAAGGUGCUAGAUGCCACCUACAAAAUCAUGAAGGAAUAUGCCAGCAAAAAGGAUGCUGAGAAGAUGAUGAAAUGUAUCAUCAAGAUCGUUGUAAAAGUUGGAAUAUUAUACAGAAAUGACCAAUUCAAUGCCGACGAGUUGGCUAUGGCCGAAUCAUUCAAGAAAAAGUUUCAUUCAUUAGCAAUGACAGUCAUUAGUUUUCAUGAAGUGGAGUUUACAUACGAUGCAGGAUUUCUCAAGUCGAGUAUCGAAGAGUGUAGACAACUUCUACAGACUCUCAUAGAUCGACAUUCUACAGACAAGACCAAAGGUCGUGUAGAUCAUGUAUUCCAGUCAUUUUGUGAUGAGAAGUUGAUGGAUGUGAUUUUCGCAUCAGAAGGAAAAUUCCACGAAUUCAUGAAGAGUAUAGUGAUAAAUUUAAGAAAAAUGAUGGACGAAGGAAAUUUAUGAUAACUUAAUCUUCGGAGUUAUCAUUACUUAGACAUCAUGGAGACAUCACUGUUUUACAAAAUGUAUAGUCUGCAAUCACCAACUUCAUUUGUAUACAAGUUAUAGAUGCUAUAGGUUUGUGUAUGGAUUGCAAAUAAUUGACCAUUCCAGGCAUGGAAGUUAUAAAAUCAAUGUAGUGCUUGAGAGAGUUAAUGUAGCUGCGUUUUCCUUACUUUUGUGGGAGUUAUCUCCCUUCUUCAUUACCAGUAUUCUUUUGAUGUGUUCAUUAUUAUAUUUUUAGCACAUCUGCCCAAAGGGCAAGUGAGCUGAGGCCAAAGUGCAGUGUCUGUCUUCUCAAAAGUAACUCAAGUAUUAUGCUGGAAUGAAGGGCCUCCAAUUUUGUUUAAAUAAAUGACCUUGAACUACUUUCAAUGUAACAGGGGUUAAAUUUGAUAAAAUCUAUUAAGCAACUUCUCAAUAACCAAGUUUAAGGGACCCUGGAGGGUCCAUCAAAUUUUAUCAAAUGUGUAACUUUACUUUCAAUGUCAAAGGGAUCAAAUGUGUUUAAAAAUUUUUGAACAACUCUUUAUUACCAGAAGAGCUACCAAGUUCCUGAAAGAAGGGAUUCACAUCAAUGACUCAAAUCAACUUAAAAAUGUCUUAUCUAUUAAGUCUUCCAAAAAAGCCUACUCUUAUUAGCUGUAGAACAGGUGAACGAUACAGGCCAUUGGGCCUCUUGAUUAUGUUACUUUGCAUAUAACAGUUGCAUAGAUGUAUACAUUUAUUUGUGAAUAAGUAUAGUUUUUCAGGUCAUCUGUCUGGACGAAUGGAAGAUAACCUAAAGCCAGUGUUUCUUCUUUGUCCGCUAUAAUGUCCAUACAUUUUACUUUUUCCAUUCUUCUUAAUAACCAGUGAAUGUAUUUUAACUAAGUUUGGCUUGAAUGAUCCUUUGGUGAAGGGGAUUCAAUGUUGUUAAAAUGAGAUUGUCAAAGGUAUUAAAAUUUCUAAUGAGUUCUGAAUCACCAAAUGGCCAGGGUCAUGCUAUUUUGGUCUGUUACAUGCUGGUAUGAAUUAUCUUUAACUACUUUCUUAUUGGAACAAAGAAUUACUUUUAUUGGAACAAAGAAUUACUCGGCUUAACAUCCCAAUGAAAGACAUAAAUCAGUUUAAAUUGAAGUUGCUUGAAAAAAAAAAUCCAAUUUUUAAAGUAAUUUUGAUUAAUGAAUUUCAAAGAAGUUAAAUGGCAGGUGAGUGAUACAGGUCUCCUCUUUUUGUGGUUUAUAUGGGAUUUUAAUGUAUUAUUGGAAAUACAAUGUAUACUGGGGUAAAUUGUUGCAAUUUCUUGAUAUCAGAUGAUCAUUAAGGCCCAUGUGCCUCUUGUUUCUAAGGUCAUUUUUGGGAAGCAAGAAUUUUAAUUUUUCAUACCUUUUUGUUAAUUUGAUAUUAUCAUGUAUGAGCAAGGUUAAGUAAUAUAACCAUGGCUUUUUUUUUUUUUUUUUUUUACAUAAUUUUUGCAUCCAUUAUUAAGGUAAAACCAAUAGCAGAGAAAAUCUAUAAUGCCUUUAAAGUUAAUCAAUUUGUGCUUAAUUUGAUGUUGAAGGAAAUAUGAUUAUGAAUUUAAAUGCUAGACAAUUAUAAUAUAUAUCUAAUAUAUGCUGUCAUUACAUACAUGUAUAGAACUCAUCAUCAAUGUUGUGGACUGCUCAUGUACAUGUAUUUUUUUAUGGCACAUUUCACUAAAGUUCUUUUCAUAAGUUAUGAAUAUCAAUUCUAUGCAUGAUAAUUUAAAAAAUUCAGAAGAAAUUAAUAAAAUGUUGUUUUGUAAUAGAUGGGACCUGGGAAUAACUAUAACUCAAUAUUUACACGGUAUCUGUUUUAUUGAUUUCCUCUAUAUUUGUUGUACUGUCUGGCUCAGGUCCCCUUGAUGCUUAGGUGAUUUUCAGAAGAACCAGUUAGCAGACUUCAAAGAUUGGUGGUCAUUUGAGCUUUAAAGUCAAGAUCCUUACUUUAGUGUUGUCCGUGUGUAACAAAAUUGUUAGGUGAUGUACUUCAAGGAAUGUCAUGUCCAAUUUUCAAUGGACCCUACAUGAAAUGGCAUUAUAAAAUGGUCCAGUUUAAUAGCUUGGCAUCAGCCUUAAGAAAAAUUUAAUUUGUUAGGCAAUUUUACGAUGCGCCAUGAUGUCAUCAGUCCGUCACCACAUGUCAAGAACACCUGAAUAAAUUUUGACUUAAUUUUGUUUACAGUUGAAGAGAUAUUUAUCAAAUUUUAAUUUGACCUGCAGCAUUAUUACCUUACAAUGUAAAGAUAAGUAUUGUCUGCCUUGGCAUUGAGGGCCAGAAAAUAUUUAGUUAUAGAAAUGAUAGGCGGCCAGGGUUCGAUCCCUGAUCGGACGUGAAAAGGUAUGUCACCUGCCCGACCACUUAGGUUUUCCCCGGGGUCUCCGCUUUCCUUCCACAGUAAGACCCCUCGCCCGCUUCCAUCCGCGCCAACAAGAGUGAUUAAUAUAAGUUGAUAUAACUUGUUUCGCCAUUGUUGUAAAAUAAAUUGAGUUUACAAAAAUGAUUUUUUUUUCACCCUGUUUGGUGAAAUAUUUAUGUGAGGAAUGGGGACUUUCUUCUUUUUAACCUUUAUGGAAAUCAUUUCAAGAUAGCCGUACCCAGUAAAAGAUAUGCAGGUGACAUCUAGCUACCUAAGAUAGCUAGUUAUGGCAUAAACACAUUAACAUAUUGAGUAGUUCUUAAUGUGAUGAAUUGAAGGGAGGUAACUUUGAUAAAAAAAAAUGUAAUAUCUAGUGUAUCUCCUUGAGGAAGGCUUGGCUUGUUAUCAUGAACAGUUUGUAAAACAUUUGUAAAACAUUUCACCACCGACUACAUAGGGAAUGUAGCCAUGGUUUAUAAUCUUUACGUUCAUAUGGUUACCGUUAUAUAUUUAGUUGUUUGUUUACUCGUAUUUUGUUAUAAAUGACACAAAAACACACACAUCUUAACCAUAUGUGGCAAUACUUUAUAUCUUAUGUUUUAAGCAUGAUACACAUUUCUCAAAUUUGUUAAAAAUCAAAUUUACUUUCAUAUUAUGUAUCUAGCUGUGAAUGUUAACAUGUAUGUAUGAGUGCUGUCUUCACUUACAGGUGUGAGAUUUAGAAGUUCAUAUGCACAAAUCACAAAUUAGACACUUGUAAAACAAUGUAAUAUUAUGGUAAAAGCACCUGAUGUAUUUAGAUAAUUUAAACAUUACAGUAUACAGAUGUACAUGUAUGGAUUUAAAUAAUGUAUGUAAUAAAGAAAACAUCAGAAUUGUUUAAAAAGUACACUUACUCACAGUUUCUGAAAAGAAAGAAGGAAAAAAUUAUAAACUUAUAUAUAUUGUAUGUAUAUAAAUAGUUUAUAUUAUUCCAUCAUUGCCUUAUUUUACAAGAUUUUUAUUUUGUCUAGUCUUCCAGGAUCAGUAAAAAAAUUUCGCAAUAAAAUGUCAAAAAUUAGAAUUACAAUGUUGUGAGAUUGUUAGGUUAUUUGUAGGCUAGGUAUAUUGAGUUACCUAUCGUGAGGAAGCUCACAUUUAUCAGUCUCACUCAAGGUCAGCUCAAAAAUGACCAUGUCACUAGUCCAGUCUCAAUUCUGUAAAAAAAUCUUAACUUAACAUAGUGUGUAAAAUGUCUAAGUAUUUCUCAAAUAUAAUUUGUCUCAGAAUAUUUCUUAUAAUAGUUUUGCUUCAAUUUCUUUUAAAGCUCUAUAAACAGCAAUAUUUCUACGGUAAUUGAAAACUUAUAUUUUAGCUUCUUUAGUCCUGAAGACAUCACACUAAGUUACAAUUACUGUAUGUUGUUAUGUGAGAUGAGAAUUGAAGGAGUUAAAACUUGAUAAUGUGCUAAAAUUUGAAAGUAUUAAAUGAAUAAAAAGAUAGGUUUACAGUAUCUGUAUACAUUCUUACCUCUCUGAUUAUGUUGUUUUCAUGAAAAGUGCAAUACAAUACAAGAUUUAUGGGAAACAUCGCAGGGUAGAAGAUUUGUGUUGUAUACAGGGUGGUUUACAGUUACAUAUGGUCUUACUCUGACUAUCACAACAUAAUUAUAUAGCUAAUUGGUGUAUAAAUUGAAUCAAAUUUAAAGACAUUUUGUCUCAUGCAUCUGAAUACUUCACCCAAAUGGUAUGGUUCAAUGAAUCAAUGAUUAUAAAAAAAAUUCCUGUUUCUGUAAGUCCUCCACAUAUGUUUGUGAUUAAUUCUUAGAUAUAUUAGCUUCACUUCUGUGUGCAGAACUGGUGUUGUUUUGUUAUUGUUUAAGUAUAUGGUUUGGCAGUCCUCAGUUUAUAUAACUGGCCCUGUUAUUCUUCGUCGGAGGAAAAUACAUGUGUGAGGAUUACAGGGUAUAUGUGUCUCCCCAGAAUAGGAGCCCAGUUAAAUUGAGACUGACAUGGAUAGCAACUCUGGGAUGAAGAAAUCUAAUUUUAAUUGAAGUAUAUCAUUAUCAGAUCUAACAUUUGUGUGUUUAUUUUUAUUAUUCAAAUAUACAAGCUUUACUUUAUAUCUAUCAAAGCAUCCUUAUAAUGUUAUCAAAACCAGAAUACAUAAUUCUAAAAUAGUUUCCAGACUAGCCAUAACUUGCAUCAUCAUGCAACAAGAAAAGCAAAGGGUUCAGAGAGUAUUUGCCUCAGAAUUCAAAGAUACAAGUAAAAUAUGACAAAUUUUGGAACAUAUGUCCAUCCUUCUAUUCCUCCUGCCGAUUGUGAUAAAAGUUAUAUCCGUCGGGAGGUUAGAUGCUGGUAAAUUUGUUAACCAAAGGGAGACAAUCCCUAUACAAUAUGAACAUUUUAUUUUUUCAACAAAUGAUCCUCAAAUAUAUUGCAUUUACCUACACAUAUUACAUCUUUUGUAUUGCUUUUUUAUCUUUUGUAAGCAAGUGAUAAUGAUAAAUGUACACAGUAAGAACAAGAAAUCUUAUAAAUAAAUAAUAAUUUUAUAUAAUUAUAACUGCUAUAUAUCUCAUAUAUAUAAUAUUCUGUGAAAUAUCAUCUAGAUAAUAUGUGAAUAAACUGUGACUUUUCACACUUUCAAAAUUAGUUUUCAAUGUAUUUACCUUUUCUUUAAGAUGUUACAUUUUCCCCUGUAAUAAUUUUACUUUUUAGUUGUAAUGUUAAAUAAUAUUUGAAAGAAUCUCGCUACUAUGAACUGUUUCAAAAAAUUAUGAUAGUUAAUAACAACGAAGUACAACCAGAUACCGGUAGUCUGAAAUAUGUUGUUUUUUUUAAAGAUUUUCUCCUGGCUUCAAACCCGAAGUCCCUUUUUUAGUUAUUUUCUGGAAAACAUUGUCUAGUACAUAACAAUAUGCUGUAGCCAUGUUUUCAGCUCGCCGUGACAGUACAUAUUUUGUGACAUCGAUGACACCCCUGUUGAACAGAUCACCUUCUUAUGACAUUUCUUACCUUGCUGCUUGAUUUUUUCAUGACAUACUUACAAUUUAUAUUUAUCAUUUAGAUGUAUUUAUAUUGUUUUUGACAUCUAUUGUCUACCUGAAGUAGUAAAAAUUGAUUUUAAAAAAAGUUGCUUUUCAAAAUUUAGUUUUUACUUUUGGAGCAACUUUUGCCAAUGAUAGCAUUGAAUCACUGGUGACACCAAGAGUUAUUUCGCUUAUAUGAAUGCAUUGCUUGUUAUAAAUAUUGGGAAAUAACCAGCCUAUUUUGUGACUAAUCAGGAUGACUUCCCUUUUUCCUUUUUCUUUGAUGAACAAUGUACACCCAUAAGGAUUGAAUGUCUUCUGUGAAGUCUCAUAUUAACUAAGGUACAUAUUCUGGCAAAAUUUAAUUUAAAAUACCAACUUCAAAACUGAAGACAAUGAUACAUAGUCUGGUAUAUAGUUUUUGUAUGUGUACUAGCUGAUAAUAAAUAUUUAUAUUGUUAUGCUUGAAUUCAUUUCUUAAAGUUAUUCUUUACAAGUUUUAUCUCUUUUUGCAUUAAUAGUUAAUGAUGGACAUGUGCAAUUUAGUAGUGUUAACAAAUGUAUAGUGAAAUGUUAAUCCAGACUGUUUAGCAUUUAAGUAGAAUUUUAAUAUAUGGGUGGUAUGCAAAAUUAUCAGCAGACCUUUUUUGUUAAUUUUCCAACCUUAAAUAUCUGUAUAUUUUAUAUACCUGAAUAAAUAUGAACGAGGCAGUGAAACACCGACAGAACACUGACUAUAGUCGCCGAGACAAAACCUGGCAUUUGGUGAAGUCAUGAUGGCCGUAAGCCCGUAACCCCGUAACUUAUAGACUUAAAUGUACCAGGCAGCAGUUUCUGGUCAGGUUUUAUAUAUUUACAGUAUAUAAAGUAAUUUUCCAAACUUUAGAACAUUGGAACCAUGGUUGUGUCCAACCAAUUAAACCAAACGACUGUUUAAAUGGCUGUCUAGCAUAAUUAAAUUUUAAAUUGAGUCUGGAUUAACAUAUUAUUAGACAGCUGUUUGAUAAACAGAUAUGCCUGUAAUUGUAUAGGAAAUUUUGUCCGAAAUCGACCCAUAAUUGUCAAAAGAUUGAGAUAAACCAAAAAAUAUGGUGAAACUGUAUGCAUGCAUGAUUGAUUUGUCUAUUAAUAUCAUUAUCUAAAUACAAGCCCCUGGCAGACUUCA